UCCGGCCUGACUUGAGGAAAGUGCAAGACUCCAGAGCUCAGGACUGCACGCGCUCCGCCUGCACCAUCUCAACUGUUUGCUCAGCACCCUGUGCCUCGUCAUCCUGCCACUUGGACAACAUGCAGCAGAAGCGACCUCGUAGCCCCAGCCCGGAAUCCGCGCCCUGCUGGGCAUCACAGCCACAAGGACCCAGCUCUGCCAAGCGCCUCUGCCUCCAUGAGCCUGCCCGGAAUGAGCCCCCUGGGCUGCCCAACGUGCAAGUGCCCGCCCCGGCCGCCAGCGAGGUGCUCAUAUCUGUGGUGGUCCUGCUUGACCUGCUGCUGGAGUCCCAGCCCAUCUCGGUAAUGCAAGUGCAGCUCCCUGGACACACCUUAAUCCUGGUCCCCGAGGGUCCCCCGUUGUCUGCCCCUCUUGGACAGCCUGAGAUCUCGUCCACCAGCCCACAGGAAGCUGCUCUCCUGCAGAUGCCCCAGGACCAACUUGUGGUCCUCCCUGCUGAGUUCAUCCUAGAGAUCUCCUAUCAAGAGGACGCCUGUGAUGAGGACCAGAACUCUGGAUUCAUGACACCCUGGAUAGGUGCUCCACCUGGUGAGGCCUCUGAGCUUUUUUCCAACACCAACGGGAUGUCCAGCCCUUGGACCCCGGACUACAACCUCGAACCACAGCUUCCGGUGCUCUCCUCUAAUGCAGCCAGAAACAUCUGGGACUUGGACAGCUACCUGCUGGGAUCUUUCCCCACCUCACCACUGCAGCCUCUGCCCCCAUCUCCUCCUCCAAGUCCCCAAGGGCAGCGCCCUGCAUGCCCUACACGCCCUUCACGCUCUCUACGAGCCCCGUGCAAAGCCAGGAGGAGAUUGUUCUAUGAAUGAACUACCCUGCAAAAUCCUGAAGCCCCUCUAGUAAAAGACUUCCAAAAGUCACUCUGUGUGCCUUUCUGCAACCUACAAGGUUAGAAAAGCACUCUUGGUUUUUGAAAGGGCACAAUGUAGAAUAUUGGAUAGGUCGUUAGCUAGAAAGUCUGAAAAACACAUCAUUGCUACCAGAUCACUUGCUGUUUUAAAAUCGCCCAGUUUUGGACUUUGAAAUGAUUGCCUCUGCCCUGUUUUAUACAGAAGUCACCCUCAG